UUGUCUCUGGUUCGUGUUUUGUAUGAAAAUUUUAUGAAGGCUCGACCGAUAAAUCUCGUAAAACAUUUACAAGUAAAAAUAAUGUUUCUAUUAUUGCUAUAAUUCCGUGAGGCGUGAAGUUUAUUCGUUAUAUUUAAAACGUGUCUUGCAUCAAACCGAUCUUAUGAUUAAAUAGUUUUAUUUGGUCAGCCAUCAUGUCUGCUGAAUCUGAUAUGGAAUAUUCAGACAAUGACGGAGAUGACUACGAUUAUUAUGGUGAACAAGACGACUGUGACAUGGAAGCAGUAGACCGAAGUAAAUCAGAUCCUGAAUAUUUUGUAUUUUCUUGUCUAAGAGUGGAGGAAGUGGAGAAGUUGCUAAACGAAUCCAUAGAACUGCUAAGUAAUAGCCUACAAAUAACGCCCUCCCUGGCUAAGGUGAUGCUUCAUGCUUAUGAAUGGAAUGCCCAAGAGAUAUUAAAAAAGUAUCAAGAGAACGCGAAUGAAGUACUGGUGUACAGUCGCGUGAAGCCCAGCUUGCCUCUCCCGCAAGGAAACAGUAGUCAGUCUGUGUGUGCGGUGUGUGCAGGUGUUCCUUCAGUAAACAAAUACAGUGCACUCGCAUGUAUGCACUAUUUUUGUGAUGACUGUUGGGGUAUGCAUUUUGAAGUACAAAUUAUGCAAGGUGUAUCAAACACAAUACAAUGUAUGGCCCAGGAUUGUGAAGUUAGAGCUCCAGAAGAUUUUGUAUUAUCUCAUGUAGCUAAACCAGCUAUAAGGGAGCGUUAUCAACAGUUUAUGUUUAAGGACCAUGUUAAAUCUCACCCACAACUUAGAUUUUGUCCUGGGCCCAAUUGUCAGUGGAUUUAUCAAGCAUGGGUUCGUGUAGGAGCUCGCAGGGUGGAGUGUCGUGGCUGUGAACUUCUUACUUGCUUCUCUUGUGGAGCUCCGCAUCAUGCUCCCACAGAUUGCGCUACUAUACGUCGCUGGCUCACUAAAUGUGCCGAUGACUCAGAAACUGCCAAUUAUAUAAGUGCCCAUACAAAGGAUUGCCCAAAAUGCCAGAUAUGCAUUGAAAAAAAUGGAGGCUGUAAUCAUAUGCAAUGUGGUGCUUGCAGACAUGACUUUUGUUGGGUGUGUUUGGGUGAUUGGAAAAGUCAUGGCUCUGAAUACUAUGAGUGCAGUCGCUACAAAGAAGAUCCAAACUUAGGUACUGACAAUCAACAUGCACAGGCAAGAGAGGCUUUAAAAAAAUAUUUACAUUAUUAUGAGAGAUGGGAAAAUCAUGCAAGGUCUUUAAAAUUGGAGGAACAAACACUUGCAAGCUUAAAAAGUCGUAUUAAUCAGAAGGUGAUGGCUGGAGAAGGGACUUGGAUAGAUUGGCAAUAUCUUUGGGAUGCAGCAAGGCUUCUGAAGCGUUGUAGAUAUACUCUACAAUACACUUAUCCAUUUGCCUAUUACAUGGAAAAUGGCCCUAGGAAAGAACUGUUUGAGUAUCAACAGGCUCAGUUAGAGGCAGAAAUUGAAAAUCUGUCCUGGAAAGUAGAAAGAGCAGAAACAACAGACAGAGGUGAUUUAGAAAAUCAAAUGGACAUUGCAGAAAAAAGACGGACAACUUUGCUCAAAGACUUUUUAGAAUUUAACACAAAUAGCGCCUCUAGUAGCAAAGUAUAAUGAGACUAAAUUAUUCUAAGCUGUAAGGAAACAAAAGCAAUGAAUGAGCACCUCUGUGUAUAAUAUUUCAGUAAGCUAGAUUUUUCUUUGCCAAAGUAUAUUUAUUAACACUUUGCAAUAAAAUAGUUUAAAAUGAA